CCCAUUAGGAAAUCAAUUAGUGAAAACGUGGGGAUAUUACAUGAACGGUCCAUUAAUCCACCGGCCUUCGCUGUAUAUAGAUGGCUAAUCAAAGUUUGUUACAUUCCCGUUAUAUGGUUUAUAUAGCCAUUAAAUCUAUAUGCAAAUUGAAAUUAUUUAAAAACAAACAAACAGCGUCAUUCACAAUGUUUGUAAAUCUUCGGGUGGAUGCCGGUUGAUAAAUGAUCGUCUAAAGUGAAAUAUAGCAACUCUUAUGAUGGGCUUUAAGUGGAAAUAAGCCAUUUCAGUAAUUUAUAACAACUAAUUGAAUUGGACUUUAAAAGCACUCCAUUUAUGAUUCAAAACUUUAUUUUUGACGUUAAUAAAAGAGUGGACAAGAUCCUUUUAGUCUAUACAUGCAGGGAUUUUUCAAGGCUAGCAAUAAAAAUAUUCGGGAUUAUAAACAUAAUAUGCACUCGAGGUUCCACGAACUCUCCAGCUUGUUCUUAAGUUAAAGUGGGAUGUACAACCGCACGGAUUAAAUGAUGUCAAACCAUCAAAAGUUGUUGAUAGAGAUCUUGAGAAAAUUAAUAUGUUUGAACGAAGUGAAAUUUCAAAGAACAAUAUAUGUAUAAAUACACAGAAAAACCGGAGUCACAACAAUACAUAUUAAUUGGAAUACAGCGCAUUGCUAUGAUACGAAUUCAGUUAUAGGCUAAUAUGCAAAGUCAAUCAUUAUCAGACUGACAAGGGAUUAAUUUCAUUUGACAAAGCAACAAUUAAUAUGAUUUUGGAAGAUAACAGUAUUUCUGUAAAGAAUAUAAGUAAAAAAAUAUCAGUAAAAUCAGAAAAGUGAUAAAGAUUUUAAUUAUUUGACGGUGAAUGGAGAAAAUUUAGGAUCGGUAAUACGGUACACACUUGUAAUUGUUUCCCUAGACAAUAUAUACCAUUCAAGUGAUUUAAUUAAAAAUAUCGUCACGUCAUCUUCCAGAUUUCAUUAAAUGUAUUAUCAGCAACUUAUUAUUUAUAAACUAGAAUACAAUUGGGCAACAGUUGAAUAGUUACUGAACAUAAAUUAUUGCACCUGAAAUAUCCUUCGCAACGGAAACGUACUUUCGGUCUAGGCAUUUCCUAGGAGCGGACAGAUUGUGGUUCAAUGUGAAUUAUUAAAACAUUUUUAUAUCGGCAUUUUGGAAUGGAAAAUUGAAAUGGAAAACAUGACGUUAAUUUCGGAAGAUUGGGUGUUGGACAGAAUUACAAGUUCUAAAAUCGCAGCACCUCCUGUGAAUAAUGCCUGUUUACCAGACAUUUAUAAUAAACUGGAUGCGGAUACUAUAGAGAAAACACGUGUCAUUAAUAAACUUUUGGAACAAAGAUUGAAAUUGCAAGAAAAAAUAAUAAAUAAAUAUCAAGUCCGCGCAACAGUUGUUCAUAAGAAUGAGAAAGCACGCGUUCGCAAGGAUUUGAAAAAGAUACGUAAUCACCUACCAAAUAUGGACGAUAUGGUAUUUAUGGAUACGCAGAUGCAGCUUAAGACGCUAAGAAAAAAACAUCAUCAUGUUCACACCCCGACCGGGUACACGACCACACCCAUGGAGAUGAAAGGGCUAGCUUCAGAAAAAGACGAUAAUCCGUUCUGUUCCCGAUUUUAUAUUCAUCAUAUGCCUGUUAAAUCCCGCACUAAACCCGUUAGAAUGGCGAGAUAUAUUCCCGGAAGGUCAAAAGACAGAUCCCGUGGUUUAGAAUUAUCACGGGUAAUGAGUGCCAGUGAAAACUGUUUAGUGUCAGGAAUGGCCAACUUAGAUCUUCUGGGCGGAAGUUUAAGUCGAACUGUUGAUGAUGAUGAUGCUAUGACGGUUUAAUUAGUUCGGUUUAUUUAAGUUUGGUGCUUUCACUUGGUGCAAUACACACACGUGCGACCAAAGAAAUUAUACUUUGUUGUAAAUAUUGAGGAUGGCUUUUUAUUCAUAAAUGAAAACAUUAA